AUGAACACGAUCACUCGGAUAUUUAAUCUGAAUGCACUGUUCGCGCUUUCCCACAUUACACCUGAGUCACAGAGGCACCUGAAGAAGGUCUAUGCCAGUUUUUCCUUCAGUAUGAUCAUGGCGGCUGCAGGGGCCUACAUCCACAUGUUCACCCACUUUAUUCAAGCUGGCUUGCUCUUAACCUUAGGCUCCUUAGGACUGAUAAUGUGUUUACUAGGAACACCUCACCAUCACAAAACUGAAAAGAAGAGACUGGUUCUUCUGGCUGGAUUUGCCUUCCUAGUAGGAAUGGGUCUGGGCCCUGCCCUGGAUUUAUGCAUAACCACUAAUCCAAAUAUUGUUUCCACCUCCUUGCUUGGCACAGCAAUGAUCUUCAGCUGUUUCACCUUGAGUUCUGUCUAUGCUAAGCUUCAUAGCUAUCUCGUUCUAGGGGGCAUCUUGAUUUCUUCCAUGAGCUUGAUUUUAUUCAUCUCUUUGAGGAACCUCUUAUUUGGAUCUCAUUUGCUUUUCCAAAUGAAUCUGUAUGUGGGACUGGCAAUUAUCUGUGGCUUCAUCCUUUUUGAUACACAGCUCAUCAUAGAAAAAUAUGAAAAUGGAGACAAGGAUUACAUCUGGCAUUGUGUUGACUUGUUCCUGGAUUUUGUCACCUUCUUCUGGAGAUGUUUGAUGAUCUUGGCAAUGAACGAAAAGAACAAGAUGAAAUAAAAGGAAUGGAUCCACCAUCUAGUCUUUCUGGUUUUUGGCUCCCAUUCCUCAAUCCUCUUUUCUCUUUGCACACAUUAG